GGCGUGGCUUUAGCGUCCUUGUUAGCAGCGUGUCGGCAGGAAAUGCUGAAAAAAAACAAAAAACGUGAAGCGGAGCGCUCAUCACACAACAUUUACAGAUUUUGGAACUCUGUGCACACAUAAGGCGUGCCGCAUUAUAAGGCGCCCCGUCCAUUUUGGAGAAAAUUUAAAAAUUUAAGACUUUUAAGUGCGCCUUAUGGUCGUGAAAAUACGGUAUACUGUAGUGCGUUGUGUAUUCUUCGUGCACAACGUGUGCGUGUGUUUGUGUGUGUGUGCGCGCGUGUGUGUGUGUGUGUGCUUAGCCCAACCCCUCCAUUUUCAUGUUGAUGACGAUGAUGAGCUUGAGAAGUUUGUCUUUGUUCAAAGUUUGUUGGUCAUCUCAACAGCACAGGUCUUAUUUGCUCCUUCAGCUUUUCAAAUUGUAUUUUUGAAUUCAUUUAAAAAAAAAAAAAAAAAGCCACACGUUAAAUCAAAGGACUACUUUUUAUUGUUAUUUGUUUACUGGACUGGACAAGACAGGGUCGCGGGAGUGCUGGAGCCUAUCCCAGCUAUCUUUGGGCGAGAGACGGACGACACCCUGAACUUGUCGCCAGCCAAUCGCAGGGCAUAUAGAAACAAACAACCAUUCGCACUUACAAUUUAGAGACUUCAAUCAACCUACCAUCCAUGUUCUUGGGAUGUGGGAGGAAACCCACGCAGGCACGGGGAGAACAUGCAAACUCCACCCACGCGGGGCCGGGAUUUGAUUCCCAGUCCUCAGAACUGUGAGGCAGAUGUGCUAACCGCAUUUCUUGCCGCCACGCUGCUUACACAGGGGAAAAGCGGACGUGGCUGAGGACAGGGGAAGGGUACGUGUAGUAGGACGCUAAAGCCACGCCCACAGCAGGCCAUCAUGUCCUGGGGGGCCCUGUACGCCCAGCUGGGCGGCGUCAAUAAGCAUUCGACCAGCCUGGGCAAGAUCUGGCUGUCGGUGCUAUUCAUCUUCCGCAUCACCAUCCUGGUGCUGGCCGCCGAGAGCGUGUGGGGCGACGAGCAGUCCGACUUCACGUGCAACACGCAGCAGCCGGGCUGCAAGAACGUGUGCUACGACCACUUCUUCCCCGUGUCUCACAUCCGCUUGUGGUGCCUGCAGCUCAUCUUCGUGUCCACACCAGCCCUGCUGGUGGCCAUGCACGUGGCCUACCGCAAGCGUGGCGACAAGCGCACCAUGCUGUCAUCCAACGGCGCCGAGAAGCCCAGCGACGUGGACCUGGAGACGCUCAAACGACGGCGGCUUCCCAUCACCGGCACGCUUUGGUGGACGUACACCUGCAGCCUCUUCUUCCGGCUCAUUUUCGAGGGCGGCUUCAUGUACGCGCUCUACUUCAUCUAUGAUGGCUUCCAGAUGCCGCGGCUGGUCAAGUGCGAGCAGUGGCCCUGCCCCAACAAGGUGGACUGCUUCAUCUCGCGGCCCACCGAAAAGACGAUCUUCACCAUCUUCAUGGUGGCCUCCUCGGCCAUCUGCAUGGUGCUCAACGUGGCCGAGCUGGGCUACUUGGUGGGCAAGGCGCUCAUGCGCUGCUCGAGCCGCCGGCGAAACAGGAGACUGUCGUACAACCACAAGGAAACCGUGAUGCGGGACAACGCCGCCUUGCAUAACAAGCAGAAUGCGCUGCUGCUCUCCGCGCCCUCCUCGGACUCAUCCACACGCAAGACCAAGUGCUGAAGGAGACCGCCCAAACAGAACGCUACACCGGAACGUCGUGGCUGUUUCAAAUAUGAGCCCGCACGUCUGGUCGAGAUGCUUCCAGAACCUCAACAACUUAGAUGGAUCAUCUCGUUACACUCAAAACGAUCAAUUCCUACGCAAUAUUGUCGCCACGUUUAAUCAACAAUACAAAAGUGUUGGGACACCCCUCCAUUCAUCAAUCAGUGCUUGGAUAUUAUUGAUUGCAUGCUUCCCAACAGCACUACUUUAGGCUCUGAAAAAUAAAAUAUUAAAAUGUUUUGAGACUAAAACACCAUGGCUUCAGGAAACCUACAUUUGGCCACAAAAAAAUACAAACCUCAUUUCCAAUGAAGUUGGGAUGUGCAAGACAUAAAUAAUCAUGACACUCACCUGUUUUCCAACUAACCUGCUCACCUGUGGAAUGUCAACCAUCAACUUUCCCAUACUUUUGUUGCCCCUGAGCAAGCUUUUUUGGAAUGUGCUGCAGGCAUUAAAUUUGAAAUGAGAGAAUAUUUGCACAAAAACAAUCAUGUUCAUCAGUUUGAACAUUAAAUAGCUUGUCUUUGUAGUGUAUUAAAUGGAAUAUAAGUUGAA